AUGGACGAUGAAACUGAGUUUCAUGCUCUGGUUUCAUGUCCUUUUCCUGCUCAGUGUUGGCAGGUGGUGCUUCUUGGUUUUUCUGCUGCAAAUAUCACUGAUUUUACAACCUGGUUUGAUCGGAUUUGUGCUUCUUUCAGCAAUGAAAAACGGGGUGAGAUUGCCAUGAUUUGUUGGUCUUUAUGGGGGGCGAGGAACGAUCUGGUUUGGCAAGGUAAAAGACGCACGGUGGUAAGUGUUGUGUCUGCAGCUUCUCAAUAUUUUGUGCAAUGGAAGAAUACUCAAGAUAAGUCGAACAUUGCUCAUUAUCCCUCAAAUAUUGCAGGUGAUGGGGUGGUUUCUUGGGUUAAGCCUAUUGAGAAUGUACUCAAAAUCUUAGUUGCAGCAACUUUUGACCACAGUUCAUCAUAUGGUUUCGGGUUGGUGGCAAGGGAUCACAAUGGGUAUUUGGUGGAGGCCAAAACAGUCUAUCGCAGGGGUACAAUGGCACCAGAUAUGGCUUAA